GGCUGGCGCCAUGCGGCAAUGAUGAGGCGGGCGAGCUCCGCUCGGCGCAGAAUGGGGAACGGACACUGAGGACAAGGACACGUAAGAGCAAGAGAACUCCAUGGAACACGACACUGGGGACUGUGCUUACAGUGGGUGUUGUUCUCUCGGUGCUGCUUGCCAAUGGCGCGUCAGCACAGCAAGCAACCAGCCCGAAUAUCACUGAAAUUUUCGACGAGUUGAGCUUCAUCAGGAAGGAGGUCAGCGGCGGUUCAGAAUUCACAAAGGCAAUGAGGUGGUCUGCAAUUGCAAUUGGCGCAGCGACAAAUAUUGUGGUGGCUGGAUUCAGCAGCUUGGUCAAUAUAUUGCAUUUGAACGGCGGAUGGAGCCUCAGGACGUGGAUGCUUCUGCACGAGUGGUGGUACUGGACUCUGGCUUCCGUGCUCGUCACAAUCGCCUUAAUAUUUGACGUUUUGGCUUUUGUGGGAGGGGAAGACGUGGAUGCAACCAUUCUAAUUUUGGCUGCCGAAAUGGCUGUGAUCUCCACCACUUUUACAACGCGAGCCUACCAAAUCCACAGAAGAAAAGUAUUAAUAUACAAGGCAUGGAAUGGCAUGAGCCGGUCAGCCCGCAGUGGGGAGGAUGCCUGGGUAACGCACAUGACUCCGCAACACUGGCACAGGGCACUCAAACUGUGCAAAGUCAAUGAUGGCAAUGUGACAACGAUAGAGAGCAAAUACAACCCAGGCAAUUGGGUGGCUUGGUACACUGGCAAAACUCGCCUUGAUCCCGGAGUUGUGAUGGAUCAACUGAGGAAGUCGCAAAAGUUACCAGACGACCUGCGGCAGACCGUGGGGGAAACAGAAAAAAGGAAGGCACAUGCGGAAGGAUACGUUUCCUACUACCCGGACAUUGGCGACGACAGGCUGUCAAUAUUGUGGGGAGGCCGCAACAGCAAAUGUUUCCAAGUGAGGACAUCGAGGUCCGUAACUUCGUUUGAUGUGGAUUUCGUCACGGACACCUACAGCUACACCAAAGAAACAUAUUUUGUCUGGGUAUUCAUCGCAGGGGGUGUGCUGGGAAGGAACAAAGGAUUACUGCCCCACCGGCUUCGCUUCAUGUCGAAUGAGCAGUACGCCGGUGAUCUGUUGGACCAUGUCAUAAAUGACUCGACCUGGUAUCCUCGGCCGGCUAAGACGAGACGCACGAAGGUUCACAAGCAAGUGAAGGCCCAUUUCCAUGGGCUUGGCGACAAAUUCGUUAAUGCAGGCACAGAGCUCAGCCUGCUCAUGGAGGAUGUGGAUGACUAUUGGCUCAUUCAAUGGCUUGACAAAGCUUGUGAGCAUCAGGAGUACCAAACUGCAUGGGGUCAAUCUGGAACUGGUGGUGAAGCCUGGCAGGCAGAGUUGUAUCUGAGCUCUUACGUCAGCAUGAUGGUGAGCCUCAACAACGGAAAAAGGGAUGGAAUUCCAAGGCGUGUUGACACACUAUGCGCAGCUUCAGUCCUCAUCCAGGAGGGUAGUUUCCGCGGCAUAUUUGAAAAACUGUCUGAUGCGCUGAAGGACCGCAUUCGGAAUGCAGUGGAAGAGGAUAUGGAUGCUCUUGCGGACAGUGAUGACGCAGCAGACAAAAUUGUCAAGACAAUUGUCUUGUAUUCUGGGGCGACUGAUAAGAUUAAUGAGAUAGUGAGUUGGAGGGAUGUGCGUAUUGGUGUUGGGCUGGAUACGCCGCCUGGGGACCAACACUGUUGA